CGAUAUUAGUUUCAUUUCAUUGAACAAACAUCUAACAUAAAAGUAAACUUCACAAAGUAUCGAUGAGAUUGGUACUAAUUACAUACCUAGUUAUUCUAGUCAAUCAUCUAGUCUUACACACAGCUGUGAUUAUUAAUUAUGGAAGUUUUAAAAUGCGUGAUUAUUCAACCUGGAAUUUUGAUUUUGAUCAAUUUCAUUUUUGUGUCCAGGGCUCUUUCCAGAGAAGAUGAGUUGUUCAGAUUAUACGCAAAUAACCUUACAACAAUUCGCUCGUUUGAAAUUAAUGAAGAUAUUGAAGAUGACGAGGAAUAUAUGGCAAGAACGUUUGAACCUGUAGCCAUUCAUACACUGGCUAUGUUUAAAUCUGUGAUUGGAUUCUAUGAUGAACUAUCCGCUGAAAUUAAGGAAAUUAAAGGUGAAAAAAUUAAAAGAUUAGAAAAUAAAAUCAAACAACUGGAAGAAAACGACGGCCCAUUAGAAGAAGAGAAUCCAAAUAUCGAAGAAGAACAGCUAGACUUGAAAAUUCUGAAUAACUCAUCAGUGAAAUUCGACGUCUACGACGAGCAUGAAGUCCAACAAUUAUAUUACAGCAGCAAAAUCCCAGACGUUCUAAAGUUGAUUAAAUCGAAUGAAAAAUUAAUUGAUAUAAUGCAAAGUGUAAGAAAUGAAAUCGUAGCGGAUCGAUAUGUGUCGAAAUAUAGAAACACCAAGCUGCAAACAUUGAGUGAAUCAGAAUUGAAAACCGCUCGCGAAGUUAUUUUCAAACUUUUGGAGAAAGAAGUACCACCUAAGGACAUUGAAGGCAUCGCAAGAGCGUCGAUAAGUUCGAUAAAUUUCGUUUUAGAGCAACAUCGUGAACAUUUUACGAGUAAUUCCGAAAUAAAUGAAAUGGAUGACAAAAUUCGACUUUUGAACGAACGAAUCCGAGAGAUAGAGGAAAAUCAACUAUCCAGAAGUUCUCAACACAUCAUGCAUGAGGAACUCUAAAAAAUUGUGGAAGUUUUUAUAUUCGUUCCAGAAUUAUUUGUUCGCCGAUAAUUGCGUUUGCUUCAUGUAAUUAGAAUAUUCAAAAAUAUAAAAUAUCAUUAUCGUU